UUGAAGCCUUUUGGCCGAGAUUUUGGUAUUUUCAGGCUAGGAUGAAUUCUUUUCUGAGCCCUUGCUCUGAUGCCAUGAUAAAAGGAGGAGAUUUCUAUUCAUUUUCUUGUAUGUUUUACACACUGAUUUACAUGUCCUUUAAUAGGUAAAACUAUAGCUAAACAUGGUAAGGAUUCUCCUGCAAUUAUUCUCCAAAUCACACGUUUCUUUUCUUGAUUGCUACUUCACUAAUUGAUUUCUUUCCAACAACUUGGUAUGAGAAGCACACAACUUAGUGAGAGCAUCAAUUCUAGUAUCAAGAAUUGUACGAUGCCCAACUUAAACAUUGCUCGAUUUUUUAAGAAUUUUGAGCGGGUUGUGGAGGAUAAACGGUACAAUGAACUGAAGUGUGAUUUUGAGGCACACCAAAAGUUACCCAGAUUGAGAAUGAGUUUAUCAUGUUUGCAGCUGCAUACAUCAAGCAUAAAGAUGAAUCGGGAUCAUCAUUUGAGUAUGUUAUUGGACUAAACGAUCACGAUAGGGAAUGGAGGGUGACAUAUUAUCCCAAUACAAAGAUGAUUCAUUGUAGUUGUCGAAGGUUUGAGAUGGUUGGAUUAAUAUGUUGUCACUCUGUGAAAGUGUUUGAUGUGUUAGACGUGAAGUUGCUUCCUGAGAAUUAUAUUCUUAAAAGGUGGACAAGAGAAGCUAGAACUGGUGUAGUCCAUGACCUUAUUGGUAAUGAAGUUGAAGAAGAUUCUAAAUUACAAAGUACUGAGCGGUAUCGAAGACUAUGUCAAGUUCUUAUAAGGUUGGCUAAUGAAGCUUCUAUCCAUCAAUCCACUUUUACCUUGGUGAAUGAAACAAUGUCGGAUCUAUAUAAAAAGGUAAUGGAAAUGCGUUUAGCAGAAAAAGAUCAAGAAUAUAGUGACAAUGUGAAUACCUCUUCAACGGUCUCUUCUCUAAUGGCAUCAAGAGGAUUCAAGAAAAAAAUUGGUGCAAAAGGUUCGAAACGAUUGAAGAGUUGGGUAGAACUUCAGUCAAAACAAAGAAAAACAAACCAUAAAGUAAAGGUUGUUGGAGCACGAGGUACAUUGCAUGUUUCUUGUUCGGUAGUUCCAGCACCUCGUGCGUGCCCCGAAAAUCCGGCAAUUCCAGCACCUCGUCCGUGGCCCGAAAGGACUUCAGAUCAUUUGAGUUUCACUGAAUUAUUACUGGUAUAAGAGCAUCUCCAAUGGUCGGCUAGUGACCGGCUAGCCGAUUCGUUACGCUGGCCGAUCGGCUAGCCGAACCAUUGGAGUCGGCCAGCGCUAAAUCGGCCAAAAUAUCGGCGUCCGCUGGCCGAUCGACCGGCGCUAGCCGAUGCGCUGGCCGCCAUUGUGGCGUGCCAAUCGGCCA